GGGGGUGGAUGGGAAUGUCUCGCCCCAUGGCGAAGACUUAAUUUCCCGGCAGCCCCCACUACCCUACAGUUCCGGUUUGUUGCCUGCACUUCCGGUCACGUGCAUCGAUGCACAUGCGCAGUCACUGGGUCGUCCGGGUAGCGGCUGCAGGAUCCAGACUUCAUUUCCCGGUGUGCCUCGUGUUGGCGCGGGGUGGUACGGGUGUUGUAGUCCGACCGCUUCUCUGGUCCAGCUACAUCGACAGGCAGGAUGUCGGAGGUGCGGCUGCCGCCGCUACGCCCCUUGGACGACUUCGUUUUGGGGUCGGCGCGUCUGGUGGCCCCGGAUCCUUGCGACCCACAGCGAUGGUGCCACCGCGUCAUCAACAACCUCCUCUACUACCAAACCAACUACCUUAUCUGCUUCGGCCUUGGUCUCGCUUUGGCCGGGUACGUGCGCCCGCUGCACACCCUCCUAAGCGCGCUGGUAGUGGCGGUGGCCCUUGGCAUGCUGGUGUGCGCGGCUGAGAAUCGAGCCGCCGUGCGCCGCUGCCGUCGCAGCCACCCAGCCGCCUGCCUGGCCGCAGUGCUUGCCGUCGGCUUCCUCGUUCUCUGGGCCGCGGGCGGCGCUGGCACCUUCCUGCUCAGCAUCGCCGGGCCAGUGCUUCUGAUCCUGGUGCAUGCGUCACUGCGCCUGCGCAACCUCAAGAACAAGAUUGAGAACAAGAUCGAGAGCAUUGGUCUCAAGCGGACACCAAUGGGGCUGCUACUGGAGGCGCUGGGACAAGAACAGGAGGCUGGAUCCUAGGGGCCUAGGAUCUGUACCCAAAGGCAUGGAGAAUGCCAUCCCCACCCCGGCCGGAACCCAGAGCCCUUGCCCAACCCUUAAAAUAGGAGCCUCCCACCCAGUUCAAAAGACAACUGCAACCCUUUCCCCAGAUCCCAAACUGGGAUAUUCCCUCAUACCCACCCCCACCCCCCAUUUUAGGAAA